AUGAUGCGAGGCAUCGAGGAGCAGCCGCCCCGGCCACCGACUCUGCUACGGCUGCCUCCUCACGUACGCCAUCGCAUAUAUCUUCACAUAGGCAUAGCCCGCCGUGAUGGGCGCCCAAACACGUAUUACUUAGAUGGCCGCAAGGAGUCGCGAAUAUUCGUGUCGGCCUUUGACCCGCCCCCGACGCGCAACUUCGCCGGCUUACUCCGGUCCUGCCGCGACCUGUACACCGAAGCCGCUACCCUGCUGUAUUCUACCAACCAAUUCGUUAUCUACGCUUACAAGGCCUCCCUCGAGCCCCUUCAAUCCCUGUCGCCAACGGCCAUCGCCUCCUUGACGAGUCUCAAGAUCGUUCUCAACGAGUGCUCGUGCCAUUAUCCGGUCGACUCGAAGGACUACCCGCCGCUUUGCUGUUGCGACGACGUCGAGCAUGAGCCGCACGCCAAUAGUAUCCGCGACCAGUGCGCCAAGUACCACGGGAGUGUGCACCGUCGACCGCUGCUCGAUCCCGUCUCGUCGGGUAUAGACUCGACUUCAUCUAAGCUAGCAGCCCAAGCCCUACUGACUAGCUGGUACAACGCUGCGGUCCACUUGUCGUCCCACGUUCGCCCCGGACGUCUGGCGCUCUCGUUAGAGGUCACGUGGUGCAGGAGAUAUCGCCGCUACCAAGUAUGCCGCCCGCCUUGUCUAGCUUCCGAGGGUGGAUGUCAGCCUCACAUUCAUCACGGUUGCCGGCUGAGCCAAUGCCUUCGCGUCGACCCCUCGGGCCGGCCACCACCGUCCCCAGGCUGCUUUUGCCGUCGCCGACACGCUGCCUUCUCCUUCACCUGCAACUGCUGGGCUCCACCAACCAGCCUCUUUCUCGUCUGCCGCGCCUUAUACCGCGAUGCCCAGCUUGUCUUCUUCUCGCGUAACCAUUUCAUUGUUCACGAUGUCCAGGGCCAAGACAAACCACGGGACCCGGAAACCGCCAGCACCAAGGAGUACUACCCAUACGAGCGUCUCGCUGCAUCGCAUUUCCUCCGAGAUGUCGUCCCUGCCGACUGUCUCGCCCACCUCCGCUUCCUCGAGCUUGUCUUCCCGCCCUACAUGCCGCGUGACUGGCCCGUUGGUGAACACCCCGCCAUAGUGGACUGGCGCGACACGGUUAAUUGGCUGCGUGGUAAGAUCGACGCACCGGCGCUUACCAUGCGUGUCGUCUUCGCCGACUUCCUUUACAACCCGGCGGCACGCCGCGAUCGGACGACCAAGGACGAGGGGCUGCAGAUUGUGAGAGGCUACAUGCACAUCACGCAAGCUUUGAAGCCCCUGGUCAAGCACGACGGUCUGGCCUCGCUAUUCGUACAGGCGGCAUUUCCCUGGUCAUGGGCACGGAACGCCAUCCGACAGGGGCUACAUCCGGACGACUGGUGGAGCCAGCGGCUGGCCGAGGAGGAGCAACGGCUAAAGGAGCACUUGGAACGUAUACCAGGCUGUGAGGCGAUUGUCAAUUCACGCAACAAACCUGAGCCGAGAAGGAGCGCUUGGCAGACCUGCGUCUUCCCACUCUAG